UGGCAUCCCUGGUCAUGAUCAGAGUGUCAUAAAGAUUUGAAAAAAAUUUAAAGUUUUAUUUUAUAUGGUCUUCUCCAGAUAUGGUAUAUUGUGCACUUUCCUGUAUAUACACUUAGUUUAUGGACAACCUAAUAACAUGGGUCUGAUUGAUGACGAAGUUAAUGAAGUAUCCCGAUUAUGUUGCAACGUGAUUCCUAAUUCCAAAUUAAUAACUUGCAUGAACUCUUUGAUACGAGUAGACAUCAACCAAACCAAUACCCGCCAACUAACGGUUUGUAUCAGAUUUCCCAUUGAGUAUCCGAAGAACAAGCUUUUAUUAGAGUUCAAAAGUAGGUCUUUGCCGACUAUCUUCUUGGAUCGGUUUACUAAACUGUGUGACGAAAAAAUUACCGAGUUCGUUGGUAAACCUCAGGUGAUCAGUGUUCUUAAAUUUGUCGACACUUAUCUACGGGAAAAUCCGUUAUGUAUUGUGACAGAAGAAAUCUUCAACAUAAAGAGGACACUGGAUGAAAACUGUGGAGAAUUGAAAAUACGCCAAAAAUCUUCAAGCCUAUUUCUUACGGCUAGAGGUGGACCAUUUCACUUUAGUGCUAAAUUUUACAUAGCGGAUCAGUAUCCCGUCGAACGAAUUCAAUGGGACAGUUGCGAUAGCAAUUUGCCUCACGCACUGAUUCGUUUCGUUGAUGGUCAAGCCAAAGAAAUCGCUCGUCAGUGCGUAGAAGCACCUCUAAGAAAGCUGAAAACAAGCUUACAAUUUAUUCCCAAGCCAAGUUUGGAACGAACGUGUCGAUUCAUCAUUGCAGCUAUGAAGGAAUUUCCAGUGGAAGUAUGUCCCAUUUGUGAGCAACUUGCCCUUCCAGGAUGCGCUCAGGAGAUAAAUGAAGGUGAUGAUCAUGAAAAAUUUCUUAUCCGUAUGUACUGUGGUCACAUAUAUCAUCAGAGCUGCCUAAAACAGUUCAUGAGCGAACCUCCAUUCCCACCAGGCGGAAAAAUAUGUCCUGCUAAACGAAAACACUCUAGACCAGAUGGGAACAAUAUAUCCACUAAACUUUCAACUGAAGAUCAAAACGAACUUUGCCUGCAGCGAGUGACUAACGAUAAGUGGGGUUUGAACGAUGUUAAAUCAGCGGAAGCAAAGUGGGCCCAUCAACAGGCACGAGUCCGGGAGUUAGAAGAAGUAAUAGACUUUUUGCAGUAAUUUCUGUGUUGACGCAUGUCAAGAAUAAAAAAAAAAGAAAUAUAAGGCUUUAUAGUGUGUUAAUAAAACCAUGUACACUGGUUUGGAAU